AUGGAGGUAUUCUCACCGACGGCCGAUUCUGUGUCGCUACGCUGGCUGCCUGCUGCCGGCGACAGUGAUUACCCCUGCCUGGUCGCCGGAUACCGAAUCACUGCACGAUCGGGCGACUGGACGCGUCGCCUGGAAGUUGGCAGCGAAGAAACAACUGCCGUCGUCAUGGGACUGCUUCCCUGCAGUCAAUACCGGCUCUUCUUGAGACCAUUCUUUACGGCCGAUGGUGACCCGCGAAGUCUGCGCAAGUACGGCUCCCCUCAACAUCAGGAGUUCAGCACAAAAGUGGGCGUUCCCAGCGUGCCGAGGGACCUGAAAGUAAAAGAGACGAAGGAAGGCGUUGCCAAACUCAACUGGGAGGCUCCGAAGAAUCCGGCAGGUCCAAUAAGCGGGUACACGGUAACCUGGAACUGCAACAAUGUCAACAACACCCAAUCCACUGAAAAUUCCAGCAUCUUAAUCUCAGAAACAUUUCUGAUGGUGUAG